CCCCCCCUCCCCUUCUUCCCCUUCUCUUCCCCGGUUGCCUCCCAUCCGGCACCCUUCUCAUCUCGUCCUCCCUUCGCUCGCACGCAACCACGGCCGUUCCCCCUGUGGACCGCCUAUAACCCAUCCCAACCAAAACGAAGAGAGGAGCGUCGGAGUUCCUCCACCAUCCUCUCUCCCACCUCAUACCCUCCCAAAACACCAACGAGAAAAAGAGAGAAAGAAAUGCCCGCCCAGAAGCGCCCCCUCCCUCCGCCCUCCGACCACCUCGGUGGCUCCACCGACUCCCCCCACUUGCCGCCUCCGCUGCCGUCCCAGCAGCAGCACCAGCCGCUGCCGCAGGCCGACGGCGCGCAGCCGCCGCAGCCAAAUCCACCGCCGGAGCUACCGAAGGAACGAGAUGGCGAUUCCGAUGGCGAAGGUGGCAGCCAAUCUUCGGACGACGAGGCUGACAAAGACGAAAUUAUCCCAGUGAAAUUGGCGGACAUACGCAAAGAAGUUCAAUGCCCUAUUUGUUUAGGUAUAAUAAGGAAGACAAGAACCGUUAUGGAGUGCCUGCAUCGCUUUUGCAGGGAAUGUAUUGACAAAUCGAUGCGGCUUGGGAAUAAUGAAUGUCCAGCAUGCCGGACACAUUGUGCUAGUCGGCGUUCUUUGAGGGACGAUCCAAAUUAUGAUGCUCUGAUUGCAGCUUUAUAUCCAGAUAUUGAUAAGUACGAGGAAGAGGAACUGGCUUUGCAUGAAGAAGAGAGAACUCGCAAUAAGAAGAUUCAAGCAUCCAUAGCUGAGACAUUUCGGCGACAAUCAGAGGCACUUGGUAGGAAAAAGUCCACAAAAGCUGCAGCUGAAAUUUUCUUAAGAAAAUCAAGGGGGAAUUUUCGAGCUCAUGGACAAAACAGUUAUCUACGUGGCAGAGGUAGAAGUGGUGUUCGGGACAAUGUACUUGCUGGCUCUGAUGAUGAUGAGGAAGAGGAAGCAAAUGGUAAUGAUGGCAGCAAAGAUUCCUCUUCUGCUGAGGAUCGUUCUCCUGAUGUAAGGCAGAAGAGAUUCAAGAGACGGCGAAUGCCACGGUCUUCGCCAGCAAGAACAGCAGGCAAUAUCGACGGUGAGGAAAAUGAUGACUUGGAAGCGAGCCGUGAAAACUUACGCACAUCACCUUUGAGAGCAGGAAACAGAGAGAUACUUGCAUGGGGUAAGAAUGGUACACGAAGUCAAACCAGACAUGGUAAUACUAGUGGUUCAAAUGGUAGACUUGUCAAGGGCGGGCGCAUGACGAAGUUCGCUGAGCACAUCCGUAAUUUAGAUGAAACUGAUGCUGAGUUUGAUGUGCACCUGACCCUGCUCCCUUUGGUCGAACAAAGUAUGCCAAAUUUGGAACGACCAUAUCUUUGCUGCAGUCCAACCUUGUGCAUUAGACACCUUUGCCAAUUCAUUGCUCGUCAGACAUCUGUACAGGCUGAAGAAGUUGAGAUAUACAUAAGAAAGCCUAAAGUUGGAACUCUGGCAAUCAACUCCACCAUGGGGGAUAAUGUCGAGUCUGAUCCCUUAGAGGGGCUCCAAAUAUUUGAAGCACAAGAAUCUCUUGCUAAGAUUCAUGCUUCUUUUCCUGCCAAACAAGGGGAGCUGGUGUUGGUGUAUGGUUUUAAAAUGCAACGCUAGAGAAUACCAGAGCACGAGGUCCCCUCCCCUCCCCUCCCCUCCCCUCCCCUCCCCACCCUCUCUUUCUCUCUCUCUUUCUUGGGAGGAUGCAACAGCUGCCAGCCAACCGCUACCCAUAAACUGGAGGAUGUAUAUAACAGUGAUAUACAUAUUGAAAGAUCACAAGCCAGUGAAGUUCCAGUUUCAUCAAAUGCACUAAAGAUCUUGUAAAGAAUCAAGAGCCUAGACAGUAAAGGUGUAUUGGGUGUUGAUCGGAGGGUGCAAGUUAAGUAUGCUGACCUUGUUCGUUAAUUAAAAAAAAUUAUGUUCUGCUUUCACUCUGGUUAGGGUUUGAAAUUGUAGAACCUUGCCUUGGUAGCUCAUUGGAAACAAAAAAGGAAAAUGCUCUGUCCAGUAUCUGUCUUGCUGUUAUUUUUGUAUCAUUGACUAAAAUUUUCUACAUUUGCUGCUGCUUAGUUGUUUGCCUAAAACUAAUUACCAUUUUAGUAAAUUGUGAUUUCGUACCCUACAUGCUUUAUGCCAAGGAUGCCUUUGGCUUAAA